AUGGGACAAUCCAACGACACAUUGCCGGUUUACUCAUCAGAUACCGUACCACAAAUCACCUCAAACUCGACAGAAAAUGAGAAAAACUACACUGCUCCCUAUUUUCCAAUUUUGGGUUUCAAAGAAUACGAAAACAAUCCUAUCCUAACACCAAAUCCAGCGAACAACUGGGAGUCAGCCUACCUUUACAACCCCUCCGCAAUUGUAAUCGACGACCUGGUCUGGCUUCUCUACCGAGCCCAAAACUCGUCAAAAACUUCGUCGAUCGGUCUCGCUUGGUCAACUGACGGCUACAACUUCACUCGCUACAACAACCCCGUUUUGAACCAAACAGAGCCUUACGAGCAUAUCGGAGGCACCGAAGACCCGCGCGUUAUCCGUGUAAACGAAACCUUCUACCUGACAUACACCGCCUACGACAACGUUACCGCGCGCCUCUGUCUCGCCACCUCCCCGGAUCUAGUGAAUUGGAAGAAAUACGGCCCCAUGAUCCCCAACGUCACAGAUGUAUUAUACAACUGGCAAGACCCAAUGACCUCCUUCAUCCCACGGCAAGGCUGGAGCAAAAGCGGCGCAAUCUUGAAUGAGCGCCAGCCAGAUGGCUCCUACCACAUGCACUUCGGCGACUCGUUCCUCUACUUCGCCAACUCGACGGAUCUCAUCCACUGGAACGUGACCUACAACCAACCUCCCUUCUCCCCCAAGGUGAAUGUCUGGGAACAAGCACUUAUGGAAUCAGCUGCUCCACCUGUCAAAACCCGCGAUGGAAAAUGGAUCAAGUUUUAUAAUGGGGUGGCAACGGGGCUGGGGGGUUACAAGGCGACGCAGUAUAGUACGGGCCAGAUGCUCAUUGAUCCUGUGAAUCAACCAUUGGGGCCACCGUUGGCGAGGCUGGAGACCCCGAUUUUGCAACCGACGAGUGUGAAGGAGGUUACGGGGCAGGUGGAUAAUGUGGUGUUUAGUGAGGGGUUGGUGCAAUUUAGGGGCAAGUGGUUUUUGUAUUUUGGGCAGGGGGACGCGUUUUUGGGUGUCGCGACUGCGCCUGUGCAACCAUAG